GCCGGAGUUCUUCAUCAAUCUCCUCUCUCUUCUUCUGUUGCUCUCCUUCCGCUUCGAAUCCGAGGCGUUCGAUCUACGAGCAACGAAUGGCGCUCUCCGUGAAGCCACUCUCCGACGGGGCCGGGCCCAGGAAGACGCGCAUGCACCGCCUCAUAGAGGAGGAGGGCAUUGUGCUGAUGCCCGGCAUCUACGACGCCCUCUCCGCCGCCGUCCUCCAGCACUUGGGCUUCAAGGCUGGAUUCGUCUCCGGCUACGCCGUCUCCGCCUCCCGCCUCGGCAUGCCCGACAUCGGCCUCCUCACGCCACCAGAGAUGGCAGAUGCAGCGCGAGCGAUCUGUGCUGCCGCUCCUAAUGUUGCAUUUAUCGUUGAUGCAGAUACCGGAGGCGGCAACGCUCUUAAUGUCCAGAGGACUGUGAGGGAUAUAAUUGGCACGGGUGCUGCUGGUUUAUUCCUCGAGGAUCAAGUAUGGCCAAAGAAGUGUGGUCAUAUGCAGGGCAAGCAGGUGAUACCCGCCGAGGAACACGCUGCCAAAAUAGCAGCUGCGAGAGAAGCCAUUGGUGAUUCUGACUUUUUCCUCAUUGCUCGCACUGAUGCCCGUGCAACCGCUGGUGGUCUUGCUGAUGCAAUUGCACGCGCUAAUCUCUACAUGGAGGCCGGAGCCGAUGCCUGCUUCGUCGAGGCGCCAAGGAGUGAUGACGAGAUGAGAGAAGUGUGCAAGAAAACCAACGGUUUCAGGGCUGCCAACAUGCUUGAAGGGGGAUACACACCCUUGCACACCCCUCAGGAGCUCAAGGAACUGGGGUUCCACCUCAUCGUGCACUCCACCACGGCCGUCUACGCCUCUGCUCGCGCACUUAUUGACGUCCUCAAAGCACUCAGGGACGAGGGGUCAAGCCGAGGCCAACUCCAUAAGCUCACCACAUUCGAGGAGUUCAACGGUUUGAUUGGGCUCAAAGAACUCAAUGAGAUUGGAGCUCGCUUUGAGAAGUUCACGGUGCCCAAAAACUAAGAGCGCUAUGUUAUGGCCUGCAGUCGAGCGUCUAGAUUUUAAACUACUUGUGUUGAGCUUCUCAUGUGAGAGUGUUCCUCGUUUUGUCUUCUGUAUCUUGUAAUUUUGCGGUGUCUCGUGUGGCUGCGUUUCUCGUGCGUUAGAUUCUUUCUGUAAGAAGUAUGAAUAAAUAAUAUGGAGUAUAGUGUAAUCUAUUCCAUCA